UUUCUUGUCAGUUAAAAAAAGCACAGUUUUUUCUGCCUGAAUAUUCAUCAAGAGAGAAGCAUGGCUUUUCACUGUAAUCUGUCUUCACCGGUUCACCUAUUGUAAUCCUCACAGCUAGUUGGCUUGAAAAGGAAAGCAAUGAACAGUGGUGUGUGUGAUGAGAACGAGGAUGGCUCUACAAUAAAUAUCAGAUUUAGCUUAGAAAAGAAGCUUUAGUGAGUAGGACAGCACAUCAACACCUCAUCUUGAGUCACUCAUGGCGGUGCCCCUUCUUCUGUUUGCUUGACAAGUAAACUGCAACACCCAACCUUAGUUAGAUUCCUCUCCAACCAAGUUUUCAAUUAUAUAUUUCUGUAUUAUGUUUAAUCAAAACUGUACAAUCUCUCUGCAAUCUGUAUUCUUCUUUGUCUGGUGGAGUUCUCCAAGCUCACAAUUUGUUUCUGACAUCUAAAAUACUUGGUUCCCCGAUUAAGAAAUCCAUAUUCGAAAAAGGUUAAAGUUCAGAAAAAGAAAAAGCACCCUGAAAGCAAGCCCCAAAAAGAGAAAAGAAAAGCAAGAUAUAGCAAGAGAAUUCAUUGCGGUUGGGCAGCAUUUGAUCAUUUACUUGUCAUUUCUCCGUUGAUAUGCUGAAGCUCUUUAGGGUUUAUCAGUGCAUCUCCGGCUUCUUUCUCGUGGUCUCUGUCGUUUUAUCCGUCUUUGCAGUUGCAGGGUAGUUCGUGACUCAACCAUAUUUCAUUCUUUGGUAGCUAAUAUUGCAUGCUGGCAUUCAAUUUAGGACUGCCUGUGUGCCAAGAACUAUUAUCUGGAGACAGAUGGCUGCAGAGCUCGUCAAUGUUGCAACAAGUGAGAAACUGGCUGAAAUUGAUUGGAUAAAAAAUAUUGAAAUCUGUGAAUUAGUUGCCCAAGAUCAAAGGCAAGCCAGAGAUGUUGUUAAGGCUGUCAAAAAAAGACUGAGUAGCAAAAGCCCCAAUGCUCAACUUUAUGCAGUCAUGCUGUUGGAAAUGUUGAUGAACAAUAUUGGAGAUCAUAUUCAUAAGCAAGUGAUUGAUAUGGGAAUUAUUCCCAUUCUCGUGAAAAUUGUGAAGAAAAAGUCAGAUUUUCCAGUACGAGAGCGGAUAUUUCUCCUGCUAGAUGCCACACAAACAUCCCUUGGUGGUGCUUCUGGAAAGUUUCCCCAGUAUUAUCAUGCAUAUUAUGAUUUGGUGAGUGCUGGUGUGCAGUUCCCUCAAAGUGCUCAUCUGGUCCAAUCAAAUCAUGCCAGUUCUCAACCGAGCGUACUGAAUGGGGAGCAGGACUCACCUAGAGUUGAAGGGAUUGCUCAGCAGGCAGAGUCUCAGGAUGUCCCUGAAUCUAGCAUUAUUCAAAAGGCUAGCAAUGCAUUUGAAGUUCUAAAAGAAGUCCUUGAUGCUGUUGAUACUCAGCAUCCUGAGGGAGCAAGGGAUGAGUUCACCCUUGACCUUGUGGAACAAUGUUCAUUUCAGAAGCAAAGGGUAAUGCAUCUUGUGAUGAGUUCUCGUGAUGAAAGAAUAAUUUCUCAAGCAAUUGAAUUAAACGAGCAGCUUCAGAAAGUUCUUUCUAGGCAUGACGAACUUCUGUCAGGCAGAGCUAUUACAACAACUGCUAAUCGCCUUGAACAUGAAGCAGUCGAAGAGGAAGAGGAGGCUGAACAGUUAUUCCGAAGAUUACGCAAAGGAAAGGCUUGUGCAAGGCCUGAAAAUGAACAGACUGCAUCCGAGUUACCUCCUUUGAGCGUGCUUGAGGAAAGAUUGAAUCGUCCACUUAUAAGACCACUCUCUUUGGAGCCAUCUCGAGAGGCUGAUAUUCGUUCUUCACCUGCUGUAAAUUCAGUUCCAAACGCAAAUCAUGCUCGUGUCGCAAUUCCUCCCCCACCUGCAAAGCACAUUGAGAGGGAGAGAUUUUUCCAGAAGAACAAGAUGGAUGGUUCUGCUUUGGCUGCCCACAUGGAGGGCCUCUCCCUGCACAGUCGUAAUGGCAGCCACUCCCACAGCGGAAGCUUUGAUUCCAGUGACUGAUAUGCGAACGAGAGGCCCUGCUCUGCUUCCGUUGACCUUUUUUAUCUUUCGAAGUGGGUUUUGGAGUUUUAGUUACGAGGAUUUUAAGAUUUCUGUUUUAGGCUGCUUCUCCAUGGUGGGUUCACAAUGUGAAGUGGGAAAGGAAAAAACGAACAACAAAACUUCUUGAGCUCGUAAGCAUUCCAGUCUGUGUGUCUUUCCUACGGUUUGUACUUCUCAGUUCUCGAGUGCAGGUUUGGUAAUUUUGGUUGGAUAAACUAUUCCUUUUGAUUGUUUUCUUCGUAUUUUGUUAUAAGUUCUUGCACUUUUUUCAAUA